UGUUAUUGAUAGGAACGAUGCUUCCUCCUGGUGUAGCUGCAAAAAUCUCAAAUGUACAUCAUACACAAGCCAACAGAUGCCAUUCGAUAGGACUCGGUGCACAGCUCACUGGAUGUCCUGUAAUAUGGAGACCAUGGACCCCUUCUGUGUCAGACAGUCAUCCUAAAAAAAAAGCUACUGGACCCAAGAAAGUGUCUGACAUGCAAGGCUUUCAUCACCCAGUGAGGCUGUUCAUGCCCAGAUCUAAAAUCCAGGAGUAUUUGUCUCACCUGGGGAAGAAAGUUCUGGCCAGCUUUCCUGUUCAAGCCACUCUACACUUCUAUAAUGAUGACUCCAGCUCUGAAGAGGAGGAUGACGAUGAAGAUGAAACCGAGACUGAGUUUUGGGUUCCAGUAAAAAGAGCCACAUAAAGAAAGGAUGCUUGAUGCAUGGACUGUAGUUGAUGAUAUUGACAGAGUUUCAAACAGCCACUGGUUAGUGAUCAUUAGUUUUUUUUUGUGAUUCUACUUACCAGACAGAAUUUACGCUUGACCUGAAGAAUGGGCUUUGGAGACCUGGAUGCUGUUUAUCCACAUACACUAAACUGCAUUUUCAGUGAAAAGUCUGUGGAAUAAGGACUAUUUAUUAUGCGAUUGAAAAAUCCAAGUCUAGGAAAUGUAACCUGGAGUUAACACAGCUGGGUUGUAUUGAGUUGUAUAGCUGUACUGUUUGCUGAAUUUGGUGGUGGAGAUCCAGGAGCAGACUUUACUCCUGUUGAGGAAAAGGUGCUGUUUUGGAAACAAACUUAUGAAAGAACAGGUGAUCAUGGCAGCCAGUCUCAGGAAGCAGGAACGGUGCAUGGAUACACAGCGGAACUGAGUCACGAAGCUAUGCAACACUGGUAUUGUUUACUCAAAUAAAGCAUAAACACACCUUUAACCUAUGCUAGUGUCAAACCUACUCCAUCACAUUCUCCUUCCUCCGGAGUGCAGAUGAGACUUAAAAUGCAGCCUGGUUCAAAUUCAAGCACAUGGAAUUCUGUACAGUGCAUGCUAUAUAUUAUAUUUAAUAUCACAUAUUGCAUUUUCA